GUUAAAGUCGCCUAUGUGAUAUUUUGUUUUUAGACACUUGAAAUAGCAGAUUUCUUUCUCUUUGACCAUCCAGCUGUCAUGCUGUCAUUUUUUAACCAAAGUUAAAUAUGUUCAGGGCACUGAGCCAGAAGCUGACUAAUGGCUUGAGAAUAGCCAGGAUGUGCAAACGUUUUUGUGACGGAGGGAGUCACCUGAGAGAAUACUCCCUAGGUCUGCUAUAUAAGAAAGAGCAGAUGAGGAGGGGACCAUGAAGAAGCUCCAGAAACACGAGAGAAGAACUAUAACAUUCAACACAAAGCAAGAGCUAUCUGUUAAGAAAUCUGCACAAAGGAGCUAAGGCAACUCAAACAAUGAAAAGUGCUCAGUCUCUUGCUGGACUUCUGCUCCUUAUCAUUAUCCAAAGCAGCUGGCAGGUGCCUGACCAGGACUCAGACCGAACACCGCUCUUGUUGAGUGAAAAUUCAAUUUUCACUGAUUCCAUCCCAUUUCCAAACAUGAAGAGGCACUCAGAGGGAACUUUUUCCAAUGACUACAGCAAAUACCUGGAGACAAGAAGAGCACAAGACUUUGUCCAAUGGCUGAAGAAUUCAAAAAGGAACGGGAGCUUAUUCAGGCGCCAUGCUGACGGCACCUACACCAGCGACGUGAGCUCUUACCUGCAGGAUCAGGCAGCCAAAGAGUUUGUCUCCUGGCUGAAGACUGGCAGAGGCAGAAGAGACUAAACGUCUCAAGCUGUUGUUAUUCUAAAAAACAAUACGUAAAAAUCUGAAGCUGUUUUUUCACUGAAUCUGUUGAAGUACACAUGUCACAACCUGUACACCAUCUCCUGGUAACGCAAUUAAAUUCCUCUUCACAAGAAGCCUUAUCGGCCUUCCGUGGAUGAAGGAGAUCCUUUCAGAAGCAUAGAAAAAAAAACAAAUGGGGUUUGAAAUGUUAUGGACUGGAACAUCAGCCAAAUAUAUAUAUUUGAUUACUUUAUUAUUUACAUAAAUAUUUAGGAUUUAAAUUAUGUUGUAGGUCCAAACUAAACAUCUAGCAUUAAAAUAUCUUUUCAUGUGUUUUUCAGUAAAGAAAUGUGUACAAGUUUUAAGUUUCCUCUUUAAUAUACUAGCAGGGUCUAUGUCUCUCUAGAGGAUCCGAGAUGUUUUUUUU